GCGUCCUGUGGUCUCGUCCGCCGCCGCUGCCAUGUUGGAUUGUGCGGCCGCCAGCGCCGCCGCCGCUGCCGCUGCUGCCGAAGGAGGGUCGGAGGAGGAGUUGGGAGUUUAGCGCAGUCGCCAGAGUACAAGGACAACGACCAUCCGGCCAGAACCUAGCCGGGCGGGAGCUGGGAGCUUCCUUUUCUCCGCGCGGCCUGCCGUUGGCUCCUCCUUCCCGUGGCCUUCUCCUCCCCGCGCCCGAGGAGCUGCGAGAUGCUGCGCCUCUGAUUGCCCUCCUCCCGCCCCUGUCACCGAGAGGGGAAGGAGCGCUCGCCUACUCGCCAGAGACGGCCCUGGACUCGCAGCACCGCCGGCGAAACCAUGAGCUCCGGCCAGCAGCAGCCGCCGCCACCGCGGAGGGUCACCAAUGUGGGGUCCUUGCUGCUCACCCCGCAGGAGAACGAGUCUCUCUUCACCUUCCUCGGCAAGAAAUGUGUGACUAUGUCUUCAGCAGUGGUACAGUUAUAUGCAGCAGAUCGAAACUGUAUGUGGUCAAAGAAGUGCAGCGGUGUUGCUUGUCUUGUUAAGGACAAUCCACAGAGAUCUUAUUUUUUAAGAAUAUUUGAUAUUAAGGAUGGGAAACUAUUGUGGGAACAAGAGCUAUACAAUAACUUUGUAUAUAAUAGUCCUAGAGGAUAUUUUCAUACCUUUGCUGGAGAUACUUGUCAAGUUGCUCUUAAUUUUGCCAAUGAAGAAGAAGCAAAAAAAUUCCGAAAAGCAGUUACAGACUUGUUGGGCCGGCGACAAAGGAAAUCUGAGAAAAGACGAGAUCCCCCAAAUGGUCCUAAUCUACCCAUGGCAACCGUUGACAUUAAAAAUCCAGAAAUCACAACCAAUAGAUUUUAUGGUCCACAAGUCAACAACAUCUCCCAUACCAAAGAAAAGAAAAAAGGAAAAGCAAAAAAGAAGAGAUUAACCAAGGCAGAUAUUGGAACACCAAGCAAUUUCCAGCACAUUGGACACGUUGGUUGGGAUCCAAAUACUGGCUUUGAUCUGAAUAAUUUGGAUCCAGAACUGAAGAAUCUUUUUGAUAUGUGUGGAAUCUCAGAGGCACAACUUAAAGACCGAGAAACAUCAAAAGUUAUAUAUGACUUCAUUGAAAAAACAGGAGGUGUAGAAGCUGUUAAAAAUGAACUACGAAGGCAAGCACCACCACCGCCGCCGCCGUCUAGGGGAGGGCCGCCUCCUCCUCCCCCACCCCCACACAGCGCCGGCCCGCCGCCCCCUCCCGCCAGGGGCAGAGGCGCUCCUCCUCCACCACCUUCUAGAGCUCCCACAGCGGCACCUCCACCCCCGCCUCCGUCCAGGCCGGGUGUGGGAGCCCCUCCACCGCCACCAAAUAGGAUGUACCCUCCUCCGCCUCCAGCCCUUCCCUCCUCAGCACCGUCGGGGCCUCCACCGCCACCUCCACCUCUGUCCUUGGCCGGGUCAGCGGCACCGCCCCCGCCACCUCCACCCCCGCCUCCACCGGGGCCUCCGCCUCCGCCCGGCCUCCCUUCUGACGGGGACCAUCAAGUUCCACCUCCUGCAGGAAACAAAGCGGCUCUUCUAGAUCAAAUUAGGGAGGGCGCUCAGCUAAAAAAGGUGGAACAGAACAGUCGACCAGUGUCCUGCUCCGGAAGGGAUGCACUUUUAGACCAGAUACGACAGGGUAUUCAGCUGAAAUCUGUAUCUGAUGGCCAAGAGUCUACACCACCAACACCUGCACCCACUUCAGGAAUUGUGGGUGCACUGAUGGAAGUGAUGCAGAAAAGGAGCAAAGCCAUUCAUUCUUCAGAUGAAGAUGAGGAUGAAGAUGAUGAUGAAGAUUUUGAGGACGAUGAUGAAUGGGAAGACUGAUCUAUAUAUUAUAUAUAUAUUUUUAAGGUGAAAUACUAAACACUACUUUCUGUCUAUGGAUUCUGUAAAAUUAUCAUGUAAAUGUUCUACCAAUUUGCUGUAUAUUUUUGUUGCCUUUUUGCUUUUUUUUAUUAAUCUGUGCAAUACCUCAUUUAAUCUGUAAAGGUUUGUCAAAAUCCUCUACAAAGCUACUCCCUGUUAUUGUGUGCAAGUUUACACCAGGAUGCACUUAAUUUGUGAAUAUUUGUCAUUCCAUCAACAAGGGAGUUUAAAUAUUAUAUGUGAGACUGACAAAAACCGUAAUGUAAUUUAGUUAUAAUGCCAGAAGGAAAACACUAUUUUCAUACCCUACUUUUUCUGUACCUAAAUUUUCUUAUUAAAAUCUAGUAUAGCACUACAUUCUUUUUUAAGUGAUACAGACCUUAGUUUAUUUAGCCCCUUCGUUCCGAACACCAUGCUACAUGAAUGUUGAAGCUGACACGUUGCACCGUUCUCUAGACAUCACUGCACUGGUGCGGGCUCUGGGCUUGUAGCAGCACGCCCUGCGGAAGACCACUCCAGACACCCUCGUCGGGAAAGCCUGGAGCGCCUCUCCGGCAGCAUCGCCUGUCCCGGUGCGGAAGUGGUACGCGGAGGCUGGAAGCCUACGGAGACCUUGCUCGCCUGUACUUGACUGAGAUUAUUUUUAUGCUAUAGCAAAUGGGGCAGGCUCUUUUUGGCAAAAAUUUAGAAGUAUUUUUGGUAUUACUCUUCAAUGGUUAUUUAAGUUUUUGCGGUUUGGAUUUUAGGGGUAAUAGUCUACAUAAACUGAAGGAGGCUAUACAUUAUGGAUACUUCAGUUUUGGUUAAGUACACGAUAAAAUCAGAACAUUCUGAAAAUGAUGUGGAAUUACUGGGUAGCGUGUAUGGAUUGAGGUACUCAGAAAUACCAACCAUAAAAUGUAAUCGAGCUGGCAAAGGUAAACACUGUAAUGCCCAACCUAGUACACUAUUUGAACAUUUUUUUAAAUAUAAUUUCUCAAGGUUUUUGUCAAGUGUCAGGUGAACGGUUAUGCUUUUCUUAAAAGAUUGGUGGUCCCAACGUCAAAUUUCUUGAAAGACAUAAUUGAAUGAUAGAUUUUUAAAAAAAUUAAGUAAAACUUUACAACCUGCACAUUUGUUAUGUAUACUAAAUGAUAUGUUAAAAUUAGGGUUUCCUUGCCUCUCUACAGUACACUAAUCCGCCUAAAGGUGGUUUUUUUUUCAUAUUUAUAGUGCUAAUUAUCAUACCUACCUAUUUUAAAUUUUAGGUAGAAAAAUGAUCUGAUUUAAAUACAGAUACGUAUUUUUCUCACAUUGAGUCAUAUGCAGAAUGUAGUUCCAGAUGUAUUUCGUUACUAUAAUCACAGUAUCCAACUAAAAAUUAAGCUCUCUAGAAUUGUACCGACCAAAAUCUAGUAUUGGCAUGGUCUUGACAGGCUGGACCUGCAAGAUCCAGCUUGAAUUUUAACCAGUUAUCUAUCACAUAAUCUCUAGUGAUCCUGCAUCUAGUUAUCAUAAGAAAUAAUUUAAAAGGUUUUGUUGCUGAAAGCAGUAAGUGGUGCAGUAAAAUAGUUAAGUUAUUCAAAGAAUGUUACCUUCCUUGCAAGAGUAAUUUAAACACAGGGGAGAGUCUAGACUUUUUGUUUCUUGCAAAAACAGUGCCCUCUGCUGCUGGAAACCUUUUUCUGCUUACUCUCAUUUCUACCGUGGCUUGAGCUCAGUGACCCUGCGUCUGUUGGGGAUGAGGCUGGACAACUACGAACCAAUAGAGUUAGGAAUUUGUGCAAAUGGUAAAUAGAGCAUUGUAAUUAUUUUUCAAGUAAUAGUAAACAUUUUUCAUUUUUUAUCAUUGUGACAAAAUUAUUUAAAAAAAAACAUUUUAAAUAUCCUAGAAAUGUCUUUAAGGUAAUGCCAACUUAAGAUCUCUCUUAACUUUGGCCCAGGAAUUCAGGGUUUUCCAAUGAACUUAGGUGCGAUAAGUAUUUAUCAGGAGCUGCUCUGAGUAAAGGAUAUCAGUUCCUGGAGUUGGAAACACAAUUUUAAACACAUAAAAUGGGUACAAAAUUUGCCAAAGGUAAUAGAGUUUAUUCUUCUUGAAGAACAAAAAGGCUUUCUGUUAUUGUUGUUGCACAAAGUCUAAAUUCCUAUUGGGUGAAGCCCAGCAGCUGUGGAGGUCAGUCCAGGCAUGAGGACCACGUCCCCUGCAGAUGUGCGGCUGCAUGUCCCAGUCCUCAGCGCCUGGCACUGUGGGCGGCACUGCACCUGUGCUGUGUCGGAAAGCCUCCCGUGUGUCCUGCCGCUAAAUGACCGUCUGCCAGCCUUCGCAUCGAACAAACUAGCAUGAGGCUUUUUAUAUCUAAGUGCUAUGUGAUAGACAAUUUCAGCUAGCCACGUAUCGUGUGUGUGAGACUCAUAAAAGACUUUUCAAUCAUUCAUUUCCAUUUAUCAACUGAAAUUUUGUUUAGUAUGUGAAUUUUUUUGAAAUGUAUAGUGAUAGGAUAUUGCACUGGUGGCAAUUCAUCAUGGAGCAUAAUAAAAUUAAUUUGACCCAAACAGGCGAAAUAAGUGUUUUUCUCUCUUGUUAAGAGAUCAAAAUGGGUUUAAAAAAAAGAUUUAACUGUAGAUUAUAAUAAAGGCUACACCGGUGGCAGGGCGAGGGUUGAAGUUUUCAGCAGACUGCGAGCCCUGAGGGAGUGUGCCAUUCGGUAAACACCCGUGAGCAGAAGAAUGUCACACCCUGUUCUGCCUGAAUGCUGACAGCUGCCCAGCAGCCCCCUGGAAGCUACCGCUGCGAAGCCGGCGGUCACACUGCAAGGACACUCACUGCAGCUCCAUCACUUGCCACAUCUCCGAAAUCGGAAUGGGCCCGAAGCUUCCUGGCUAUGUCGGUGGUAGCCACAGACAGCAGUGCACGCGGGACUUAACUGGUACUUUGUAAAUGGCCUCAAAGAUGGUACUUCAAACAGGAGCCUCGGUUUUGACCAAUAGAAUGUUCUGUUCUGCUGACUCUGGCACGAGUGGGUGUCUGAAGAUUAAACUGAGUGAUGGAAUCUAGCGUGUAGGAUGCUACAAAAUGCCUUUCGAGAGCUCUCGCCAAAUUUAUAUGUUUUAUUAAAAUGUUGUUUCUGUUGUA